AUCCAAUUCAGAUCCCCAGAUACCACUACAAAGCUUUCAAACAUUGUGCCUAGUAUGAAGUAUGACUUGUUGGCCGAAGACAUACUUGGGAAUCCAGCAAAUUCUGGAAAGGGUGGUGUCUACUACUAUUCUGAGAGAGGUGACCGGCUAAUUGACUUAGCUUCAUUCCAUGACAAACUUUGGCAGAAAUUUAAUUCUGCAUAUCCCCAACUGAGUAAUCUUGGCAGUGGAGUUGAAAUUAAUGAUGUUAAACAAACAAUUCAACAGCUGAUGAGAUGGGGUUGGAAAUAUAAUAAGAAUCUUGAGGAACAAGCUGCACAACUCCAUAUGUUAACUGCCUGGUCCCAGAUUGUCGAGAUAUCUGCUUCUAGAAGAUUGACAAUGCUUGAGGAUCGUUCUGAAAUUCUAUUUCAGAUUCUUGAUGCAUCUCUUACUGCAUCUGCUUCUCCUGACUGUUCACUAAAGAUGGCAUUUAUAUUAUCCCAAGUUGCAUUAACAUGCAUGGCUAAAUUACAAGAUGAGAGGUUUUUGUUCCCUGGAAGCCUGAAUUCUGACAGCAUCAUGUGCCUUGAUCUUAUUGUGGCAAAGCAAUUAUCCAAUGGUGCUUGUCUUACCAUAUUGUUUAAACUUAUCAUGGCAAUUCUUAGACCUGAAUCGUCCGAAGCUUUAAGGAGACGUCAAUAUGCAUUGCUUCUGAGCUAUUUUCAGUAUUGUCAGAAUGUGGUUGAUCCAGAUGUCCCAACCACAGUUCUGCAAUUCUUGCUGCUCAAUGAACAAGAUAAUGAAUAUAUUGAUCUCCCAAAGAUUGACAAAGAACAGGCAGAACUAGCUCGCGCAAAUUUUUCUACUUUAAGGAAAGAGGCUCAGAGCAUCGUGGAUUUAGUCAUAAAAGAUGCUACUCAUGGAAGUGAACCUGGGAAGACAAUAGCAGUAUAUGUUUUGGAUGCGCUGAUUUGUAUAGAUCAGGACAGAUAUUUCUUGAACCAACUUCAGAGCAGGGGCUUUUUAAGGUCUUGCUUAACGAGCAUAAGCAAUUUUUCAAAUCAGGAUGGUGGGCAUUCACUAGACUCAUUGCAACGAGCCUGUACCUUUGAGGCUGAGCUUGCCUUACUCUUAAGGAUCAGUUAUAAGUAUGGUAAAUCUGGAGCCCAGGUAUUAUUUUCCAUGGGCAUUCUGGAUCAUCUUGCCUCAGGCAGGGCAAUCAGUCUACAGGGAGGGUUUAGGCGGGUUGAGACAAGACUUCGAAGAGAUAUGGCUGUGGAUGUUGACAGGCAACAAAUGAUUGUCACUCCAGUUUUGAGAUUAGUCUUUUCAUUAACUUCCUUGGUGGAUGCAUCAAAUUUUUUGGAGGUGAAGAAUAAGUUUGUCCGUGAAGUUAUUGAUUUUGUCAAAGGGCAUCAAUCGCUCUUUGAUCAACUUCUUCGUGUAAAUAUUACUGAAGUAGAUGGAUUAAAACUGGAGCAGAUCAAUCUUGUUGUUGGAAUACUUAGCAAGGUUUGGCCAUAUGAAGAGAGUAAUGGUUAUGGUUUUGUUCAAGGUCUUUUUGGUUUGAUGCACACAAUUUUCUCUCAUGACGUGGACGUGUCUAUUUUUGCUCAAUCAAUAGUAGUAUUAUCUCCCGAGAAACAGAGGAAUUCAGAGCUACAAAAGUUUCGUUUAUGCUUCAGCCUCAGCUCUUAUUUAUAUUUUCUGGUCACAAAGAAAUCUUUGAGAUUGCAGCCUUCAGAGGCCUCCUCCAGUUACCCCACUUCUGUUGAAAUGCAACAACCCUCGUUGGGCGAACUCAAUUCUCUUCUUACAUCUGUUACAGCUAGUCUAGAAAGAGCUGCUGAGGAGAAAUCCUUGCUACUAAAUAAGAUUCGAGAUAUAAAUGAAUUAUCAAGGCAGGAAGUUGAUGAAAUCAUCAAUAUGUGUGUUCGGCAGGAGUGUAUUUCAUCUUCAGACAAUACACAAAAAAGGAGACACAUUGCAAUGGUGGAAAUGUGUCGAGUUGUUGGUAGUAGGGAUCAGCUUAUAAGUUUGUUACUGCUACUUUCUGAACAUGUGCUAAACAUCAUCCUCAUCCAUCUUCAGGAGAGUUCUGUUGUAUCCGAUGCCUCCUCGACCACAAAAGCAAUUACGUAUGGUGAGAAGCAUGAUUCACGACAGGACAUUGAAUCACUGUGUGGAAAAUUAAUUCCUACCCUUGAACGACUUGAAGUACUUUGUGAGGAGAAAGUAGGGCACAAUCUCAAGGUUUUUCACAGAUUGGCAACUUCGACUAAAGAGAUUGCCGUUCAAAAGAUCGUUUUGUAGAUCUGCGUAUGUGACUUCUACAAAUUUAAAAAGUCAACUGAAAUCAACUGCUCAUCAAGGUCAGCCUAUGAUCAAGCAGAUUUUGUGAAUUAUAACGUGUGCUACAGGAUGCUUCAAGGCGCAAGUU